AUGCCUGACUGGAGUAACCCCGAUAUAAGUGACGUUUUUGUUUGUCAACUACUUCUUCGCCAGUAUCAACCUCAAUUCACCAUUCAACAUUCUACGACCUAUUAUCCUAUCAAAGCCACCAGGUCAUUCACCGAAGUAGCUGAUGAUCACUUAAAUCUCGUACAAUGUCAACAACAGGACAAAGAAAAGCGACAGAUUCUAGCGACAAAUCACUUGGACGAAAACCUGCAAAAAGAAGAAAAUGAGUGA